AUGAGUUCCAGAAAGCAGGGGUCUCAAACUCGUGGACAACAAUCUGCAGAAGAAGACAACUUCAAAAAGCCAACUAGAAGCAACAUGCAGAGAAGUAAGAUGAGAGGAACCUCCUCAGGAAAGAAGACAGCUAGCCCUCAGCAGAAGAAUAUGGAGCCAGCUCUUCCAGGCAGAUGGGCUGGUCGCUCUGCAGAGAACCCUCCUUCAGGAUCUGUGAGGAAGACAAGAAAGAACAAACAGAAGAGCCCUGGGAAUGGAGAUGGUGGUAAUACCAGUGAAGCACCUCAGCCACCUCGGAAGAAAAGGGCCCGAGCAGACCCUACUGUUGAAAGCGAAGAAGCAUUCAAGAACAGAGUGGAGGUUAAGGUGAAGAUUCCUGAAGAAUUAAAGCCAUGGCUUGUUGAGGACUGGGACUUAGUUACCAGGCAGAAGCAACUCUUUCAACUCCCAGCUAAGAAGAAUGUAGAUGCCAUUCUGGAAGAAUACGCAAAUUGCAAGAGAUCUCAAGGGAAUGUCGACAAUAAAGAAUAUGCGGUUAAUGAAGUUGUGGCAGGAAUAAAAGAAUACUUCAAUGUGAUGUUGGGCACUCAGCUGCUCUACAAAUUUGAGAGGCCCCAGUAUGCAGAAAUCCUCAUUGCUCACGCUGAUGCACCAAUGUCCCAGGUUUAUGGAGCGCCACACCUACUGAGAUUAUUUGUGAGAAUUGGGGCAAUGUUAGCAUAUACACCCCUUGAUGAAAAGAGCCUUGCAUUAUUGUUGGGUUAUUUGCAUGAUUUCCUAAAAUAUCUGGCAAAGAAUUCUGCAACCCUGUUUACUGCCAGUGAUUAUAAGGUGGCUUCAGCUGAGUACCAUCGCAAAGCCCUGUGA